UUCAGAACCCGGAGGUUGUUCAGAUGGAAAUCUCUGUAAUUCUGCGUGCUCUCUCUUCCCAGUGAACUGUUGCAUUCCUGUCUCCCUUGGCCUCGGAGCUUUCCUGAGCAUCAGCAAACUGGAAGUGACCUGAUUCUGCCUCCCUCAGCAUUCGGAGAGCAACAAUGAAAACUGUAAUGGAGUGGCAGCCCUUUGGAGGGCUCGUAUAAGGAUAGAGGACCCCAAAAAAACUGCAAGGGAGUUUGUUGGAAGCUUUUAUCUGCCAGGAGGCCGAGAAGGUGGCAGAGUAGAGGGCAUCAGCCAACGUCACCAUGCAGAGUGCCAGUGGGCGAUGGAGAGAGCAGCCAUUAUUUGCCGUUGGACGUGGUUGCAGGCUCAAAUCUCCGAUUUGGAAUAUCGAAUAAGACAGCAGACAGAUAUCUACAAGCGACUUCGUGCUGCUAAGGGCCCAGUAGUCCUUGGUGGUGACUGGCAGCCUGGAGACCUAAUGAAGACGCAAGGCCAAUUGGGUUCUGUGUCACUGGUAACCUCCAAAAAGAAUAAGUGGCUCUCGACUUCAUCUUCUAUCCCAGGGUGCCCUGUAGGAGAUGCUGUUCCUUCCCAUUUCCUGUAUAAUAUGCAGAAGCAGAGCUCUUAUCUUGCACAGUCUUUGGGAAACCGUAUGUGUCAAAGUCCUUCCUGCACCCCCAUCAGUGGGUCUCCAGCACCCCUCAGAGCCUGCGCCACAUCACCCCGCCAAGUCAACAGAGUGUUUAACUGUUUGCAUACUGGCUCUUCCAGCAGCAGUUCUCUGAUCGGUGUGAAUGUUGAAGAGAGCUUUGGCAAACAAAACCCACUUAACAACCUUGUUGCGAUGCCGGACGAUACCUGCAUCGCGGCUAGAAUCCGCCCAGUUUGCAAAUACAAGAAGCGCACGCUUGUCCGAGCUACCUCCGUGUCUCACUUCAGCAGGAAGCUGCUGAAACCUCUCACCGUCAAGUGCAGCUGUGAAUGGCCCAACUCUUGCAUCCUGUGUAGCUGCAAAGCCUCUGUCCAGACAAUAGAUCCUGAUACCAUGUCCCUAGAAGAGCGCAUAGCCCUCCUGGACUCUGGCUUCCACCCCAUACUCUCCUUAUCUCAUGGCAACCCUCUCCACUUGCACUUUGAAACCUUAUUAAGAGAGGACAGAUUGCAUAGACUACUGAGCCAUGAACUCAAGACUCUAAAGAUGUCCCAUUUUGGAAAGAAACAAGAUCCAACUAACAGCACAUUCCCAAAGCUACACUCUUCGCUCCUGCUUGCCUCCUGGAGAAGGCAGCUUGAAGGAACAUCCAGUCACAGCUUUCCUGUUUCCAGUCCUUGGGCACAUGAAUACAGUUCUCUGCACCACCCGCUGUCCUUGUACCCAGAGACUCCUCCAGCCCGUUCUUCCAGCCCAAUCCCUUUCACUGGCAGCUCAGCAACGCAGUCCUCAAAAAGAAGAAAAGUGGAAUGUUCCUACGACAUCGAUAACAUUGUGAUCCCAAUGUCAAUGGCAGCUGCCCCUCGAGUGGAGAAGCCUCAGUACAAAGAGAUUGUAGUACCGAGCUGGAGGAUAGUAGAGCUCGAGGAACUGGAGCCUUUCAAUCAAGCGGACUCUGAGCUGGAGGAUACUUCUGAUGAGAUGUACUUGAGUCAUCACUCCAAAUAUGAAGAUCUUGAACGAGCCCGCUGGGAUUCCUGGGCAGCAGCUACUUCCCAUAAGCGAGGAAGCAGGUCGUCCACCAAAGCAGACGGCCGAUGGGCCGGGCAGCCCCAGCCAGCAUCUCCAGUUACUGGAUUUAAUUGCCUUAAUGAUCUCUAUGUGCACCCUUCUACUGGCUUGCACAGCCCUGAGACUUGCAACGAUUUGCAAUCCCUCGCUGUCCACAGUAGGACCGGAGUGGUGCUGUCUUGCUGUGAAGACACCCAAUCUUCCCUGGAAAUGCUUGAUGAUGCAAUACAGAAGGUACAGCCUUGGGAGCCUCGCACGUUUCCACUUUCAGAUUCUGCAUACCAAGGUCUUCUCCAGCACUCAAGCGAAGAUAGCUAUGAUCAGGCUGACUUUCAACCCUGGGUCUCUAGCAAUAAGCAGGGCAUCAGGCCUACCUCUGUAGACACCGUCACACCCAGCUUCAUGGGGAUGCAAGUUUCAGAUACACACAACAAAAGCAUAGAGGAGUUCACGGUCCAGCACUGCAACCCAGGAAAGCCUGUCAACAACGAUAAACCCAACCCGUGGUGUGUAUGAAGUGUCAGCUACACGUGCUGCAGUGUCAAAAGGCUUGUCCGCUGGACUGGUGCAGUGGAGCACAAGCAGUGUGUGGCACUGCUGCGUGUCAGACCUCGUUUCAGCAGCAGAUGAGGAGAUUUCUGGAUGAGGAGGGGUUUAGGCACCUGACGGAGCUGUGGUGCCGGACCUCCAAGAGAGAGUGCUUUUCAAAAAGACCAGUUUCUGGU